AUGACGACCCUCACAGAAAGAGAAAGAAAAGAAAACCACGUCAUUUCCCUGCCCAAGCCGCCUCGUGCCUCUACGGAGAACAUCGAUCCUAAGACAAUCGCACAACAAUGGCUCACCAAUCUCGAGACAACCCUCUCCACAAAUGAAGGUAACUUCACGGCAGACCAAAUGAAACUUUUAUUCCACGACGACUCAUACUGGCGCGAUCACAUCGCUCUCCAAUGGGAUUUCCGCACCAUCCACUCCGCUACAAAUAUCGCUUCGUUCCUGCAGGAAUUCCAACCCGCCUCACAGUUAUCCAAUUUCUCCUUACAAACAAGCGGAAAAUACGUACCUCAUCUCGAUACGCCCGAAAAUGGCGUCCCGGGAAUCGACUUUGUGGCUUCCAUGUUCCAUUUCGAGACGAAAGCGGGUCGCGGAUCGGGCAUUUUGAGGUUGACCUUGGACGACGCUGGGAGGGAGUGGAAGGCAUAUGCAGUAUAUACGUCGCUGCAGGAAUUGAAGGAUGCGGAGGAGCCGCUUGGUCCGAAGAGAUUGUAUGGGACAUUGGACAGUUUGCCGGGUGGUUCGGCUGGUGGUACGUGGAAGGAAAGGAGAGAGAAGGCUGUCAAGUUUGAAGGUGUAGAACCCACGGUUUUGAUUGUUGGUGCUGGACAAGCAGGAUUGAAUCUUGCGGCUCSUUUGCAAUCUCUUGAUGUGUCGACUUUGCUCGUGGAUCGUCAUGAACGGAUCGGAGACAAUUGGCGAAAGAGAUACCGCACAUUGACAACCCACGACCCAGCGGAAUUCACACACAUGGCCUAUCUCCCUUUUCCCAAGAAUUGGCCUCAAUUCACACCGAAAGAUAAGCUCGGUGAUUGGUUUGAGGCAUAUGCCAGUCUCAUGGAACUCAACAUCUGGACAAACACAUCUGUCGUAUCCGCCGCGUACGACGAUCAUAAAUCAAUUUGGACAGUUACUGUUCGAAAACCAGAUGGGUUCGAGCGUACUCUACAUCCUAAACAUGUAGUAUUUGCCACGGGCCACUCAGGAGAGCCAAAGGUUCCAACUUUCCCUGGACAAGAGAAGUUCAGAGGCACUGUAUAUCAUGGUUCUCAACAUAGAGAUGCUGCCGAGUACGAUGUGCAGGGGAAAAAAGUGAUUGUCGUCGGAACGGGAAACUCGGGUCACGACAUUGCCGAGAACUUUUAUGAGAAUGGAGCAGAGGUUACUAUGCUACAGAGAAGGGGGACAUAUGUGAUCUCCGUUGAUAAGGGUGUGUUCAUGCUGCACGAGGGGACACACGAUGAAUAUGGACCACCAACAGAACAGGCCGAUAUUUGGGCAGAAUCUCUCCCAUACCAGGUCGCCUUCGCCUUCAACGUGCAUCUCACCCGCCGCAUCUCCGAAGUCGACAAAGAGGUUCUUGAUGGACUUGCCAAAGCAGGCUUCGAUGUCUACAAGGGCAUCGACGAAAGCGGUAUUGCAAGAUUAUACAUGACUCGUGGAGGAGGUUACUACAUCGACGUGGGAUGCAGUCAACUCAUCGCCGAGGGCAAGAUCAAAGUCCACAAAUCGCCUGAUGGUAUCAAGGAGUUUACGCCACAUACUUUGAUUUUGGCUGAUGGUAAAGAAUUAGAGGCGGAUAUGGUGGUUUUGGCGACUGGGUUUGAUAAUAUGCGUACAACGGUGCGCAAGGUGCUUGGUGAUAAGGUUGCGGAUCGCUGUAAGGAUGUUUGGGAUUUGGAUGAAGAGGGCGAAGUGCGGGCUAUGUGGCGCCCAUCAGGACAUCCCAAUUUCUGGUAUAUGGGUGGUAAUUUGGCGUUGUGCCGAAUCUACUCGAAAUUUCUGGCUCUGCAGAUCAAAGCUGUCGAGACAGGUCUCGCUCCCGAAAAUAAGUAA